GCCGACACUUUUCACCUCCCAAUACACUUUUUACUUUAUAAGUAACAGUUACCAAAAUCUCUGUGUAUAUAUAUUUAAGUCGCGCACAACUCUGUGUUAUGUUACUUUUUUCCACAGAACGGUCCCUGAUGCCUCGGCCUUCCUAUCUCUUCUGAAUUAGGUCCUCUGUUAUUCUGCAGAAGAGGAACAGAGUUCGAACAAGAUUUCACGAAAGAAAGUCACUUUUGAGAAGGUAUACACAACCCAAGAUUUCAUCAAACUCAAUCUUCUAAUCAACACGAUGCUAUUCGAAGACAUGGGCAUGAACUUCUGUGGCGACCUCGAUUUCUUCUCCUCCCCUGCCCCCAUAAAACCUCCCAAAAAUGACGACUUCACGGACGACGAGAUCGAUCUCGACAAACUCGAGCGUCGUAUGUGGCGAGACAAGAUGCUCCACAAGCGUCUCAAGGAGACUCGCAAGGCGAAAGAAUCUUCGUUUCCCCACGAGCCCGCAAAACAGCGCCAGUCCCAAGAAGAACAAGCCCGUCGCAAGAAGAUGUCGCGGGCCCACGACGGAAUCCUCAAGUACAUGCUCAAGAUGACGGAAGUCUGCAACGCCCAAGGCUUCGUCUACGGCAUCAUCCCCGAGAACGGCAAGCCCGUGAGCGGCGCCUCCGACAACCUCCGCGAGUGGUGGAAGGAUCGCGUCCGCUUUGACCGAAACGCCCCUGUUGCCGUCGCCAAGUACGAUUCCGUUUCCGACCGCCAGGCUGGUGGCCCUCGCGAGUCGGCGUUUUCAAACCACACCUUGCAGGAGCUUCAGGACACGACUCUCGGAUCUCUGCUGUCGGCCUUAAUGCCGCACUGCGACCCGCCUCAGCGUCGGUUCCCACUCGAGAAAGGUGUCCCGCCGCCGUGGUGGCCGACUUCGCCGCCUUAUAAGAAGCCCCACGAUUUGAAGAAGGCGUGGAAGGUUGAGGUUCUGACAGCUGUCAUCAAGCACAUGUCCCCUGACAUUGCCAAGAUCCGGAAGCUCGUGCGGCAGUCGAAGGGGCUUCAGGAUAAGAUGACUGCCAAGGAGAGUGCCACCUGGCUCGCUGUUGUUAACCAGGAGGAGGCAUUGGCCCGCGAGCUCUACCCCGACAGGUGUCUGCCAGAUGGCAGUGGGUCGUUUGCCCUCGAUGAUGAUGUCGAGCUGGCGGGAAUGAAUAUCGCGAGGAAGAGAAAGCCUGGGAAUGAAUUGAGGGACAAUUGCCAGCUUUCUUGCCCUUACAAUAAGCAAAGUUAUUAUUAUUCCUCUUUUGGGGAUUUGGAUUUUAGUGUGAGCGAGAUGAAGCCUGUUGUUUUCCAGCCGAAGCCAGCUGGCGUGCACGUGAACACAAAUCCAAGCUCGAUUGAUUUAACGGGACUAGGGGUUCCUGAGGAUGGGCGGAAGAUGAUCGGCGAUCUUAUGUCCUGCUAUGAUGUUACUAAUUCUCAGUUGGGAAACAAGAUUUCAAAUGAAGCUGGGAAGAGUUUUGUAAAGCAGCAGCAAUGUGAACUGGCGAUGGUUUUGGAGGGAAGCAAUGUGUUGGACACCAACAAAUGUAGUAUGGCCGGUAACAAUCACUCGUUUUUGGGCCCUGAAAAUCAGUUUGAACAGUCCAGUGAGAGUUUCCAGUUUGGUUUUGGUCCGCAGUUCAAUAUGCCAUCGGUUGAUUAUGCCAACUGUUUUGAUGGGGUCUCGAGGGAUAAUGAUAAUAAUAAUAAUAAUAGUCAGAUCUGGUAC